AGUUCAGUGAUAAAAGGGCCCUUAAAAUGCCACGGCCAUCCAGAGCGUUCCAUCCAGUUGGAAAGAGCAUGAUGUCCAACGCAGCCACUCGAUCCUCGUCAGUCCUCUUCCUUCUUCUGGUACUCCCAUCCUUAGCUUUGAGUGCUUCAAUCGAGAAUGGUCGAAGACCCCCCAGCUCCAUGGUUCGGAGUUUAGACCCCCUUGGUGGUGGGAACAUGUUCCGAAGUCUAGAUUCCUUGGGUGGUGGCCACCUUAUACGAGCCUUGGAUCCCCUGGGUGGUGGUCAUAUGCUUCGUCAGCUUGAUCCCUUGGGAGGGGGCCAUCUCAUUCGAGGAUUCAAUCAGUAUCCAGACACCAGAGGCAAGCGAGGAUUCGAUCCCAUGAGCGGCAUGACCUUUGGCAUGGAUAAACGAUUUGACGAGAUGGACCGACAUGGAUUUGGCGAAUUUGUUAAGAAGAACUUUGACGAGAUCGACUCUUCAGGUUUUGGUCGAUUCGUGAAGAAGAACUUUGACGAGAUGGAUCGAGCCGGAUUCGGUAGUUUCGUCAAGCGACCCAUGAUGAACAAUUAAAAAGCCAAAGUGCAUCCAUCCCGUACACCUAUUCAACCACGAGAAGAAAACAUCAACUCAUGUGAUCGUAUCAAUGUUUUUGCAUCAUAAUGGUGGGAUUGUCCAAGAAAACAGUACUUUGUUUGCAAAUAUAUCAUGCCCUGAAUCAGA